AUUAAUUGUUUUCAAUGACUCAACAACUAUUUUAUUGUAACUGUAAUAACAAGAAAUAAAGUAAAUAUUGUCACUACAUAUAAAUGUAAUUUUUUGUUGUUGUUUUUUUUGUAUCUAGAUGCUGUUUCUUCGUUUUAUUAUUAGAAACGUUGAGAGCACAACCAAAUGUUUUCCAGGUGACUACAGAAACACCUGGCCUAUUGUUAGUACUGAAGAAAUGAAGGACGCUAACAUAGGGUGGUACAUUUGUCCAAUGUCGGUAUUCUAACCUUAGGAGUCUCUUUGUGAAACUAGUGGAAUUUUCCAUCAAUGACCUGUAUUUUGUUUUUAUAGGUCAAUUGAGGAAAUGGUGACCUAAAAAAUGUGGGUCAUUUUUAAGGUCACCAUUUCCUCAAUUUGAUCUUAAAAACAAAAUACAGGUCAUUGAUGGAAAGUUCCAGGGUUUGGUACUCGAAGUUCUUUGUGCCUAUAUUCCCUAUUUAAAACCCCGGGUCCCCAUUCCUACACACUUCACCCCUGGCUCAUUCCACGUCACUGAAAACCUAACCAUUCCACCUAACCAGAAAAAAAUGGCAGAAGAAUUUUUGGAACUGUAAGUAUUUCUCUUUUUUCUAUGUUACAUUUUGAUAAUUAUUGUGAAAGUAAUUUCAUUGUCACAAAAUGUUUUCUGACUAUCAUUUCACAUGAAUCCUUAUGACACUAAGACUAGUGUAAAAUGUCAGUCCUAAAAUCAUUUUUCAUUAUGGAAUUUCAGCCAAGACAUGAUUGAGGAAUUUUCCCCAGUCUCCCCUAACAUCAUGGAUUGGGAUACAGAUGACUUUGAUGACAGUCUUCUUGUGGAAGCUGUUGAGGGCAUGAGCACUUCUGUGGAUGAUGAUGACUGUGUCAUCAUAGGGUGGACAUGCCUGCUACCCCAUCCAUCACCAGUGACGCUACCAACACCAGUGACGUCACCACUGAGGGGGGCAUCCUGCCCCACCUCCUCCCUCUCUAACAGAAGUCAUCCAGGCCCAUAUAGAAUGGAGAAGGCGGGAAGUGGAGAGUGGAAUACGGGCUCUUCAACAUGAAGAGUCCUUAUUGGACAUUUUAGAGAUAGUUAUUAGAGAAUAUUAGGUUUUUGUAGUGUUAGUUAGUAUUAGUUUUGU